CGUGCAAUGAAACAUCUUCGAGAGCUUGCCAGACAUGGUCAAGGGCCUCACGGGCGCGUGCAUCUCGUGCCCGGAGGGCUGGGCUUUCCCAGUCCGUUUCGCAGCUCUCACAGCCCUCACAGCUCUCACUGCGGCAGGAGACUCCAUAUGCAAAGAGAGAUUUGAGGCAGAGUUUCCACAGCUCCGUGCCUUAUCCACUUCCAUACCCACACACGGGCACCUUCCAUGGAUGGAAGUGGCGCAGUUCCAUGGAGAUGAGAGCGAGAAGCGCUUGGAGAUUCUGUUCGAAGAUGCCACGUCAAAAGUGCUCCUAUGUUGGAACUUUCUGUCCAAAGAAUGGAAGGGCGGCCGAUUUUGGUAUUUGGAGAUGGCAGGCAUUGGCCGCGGCACGCUGUGUGCUCCAGCCGUUUGCUCCAAGGAGGAGAUGGAGACAGAGAUACAACGGAGCUUUUUGGCGAAGAUGCGCCAGGACCAAACUGCAACGGCCACGGCCACGGAGCUGCUCCACUGGUCCGACCUGUCAUUGGACUUCGUGGUCAUCGGCGUGGACGGCUGCGGCUCCACGGCGCUGCACCGACAUUUGAGGCGACACUCCCAGGUGGCAUUUACGAACUUCUCGGUCUUCAACGUGGAUGAAGAUUUCUUUCUCCAAGAGAUGGGCCGGCAGACGCUACCCUUUGCACCGCAGGUGGAACGCCUCAGAGACUUUCGGGCGAAGCUCCGCCAGCAGAAAGUGGGUCUCUACCAACCAUGGAUUUGGACAGCCACGACUCUGCUGAAAGCGUUGGCAUACAACCGACACUUGAAAGUGGUGCUAUCACUGUGCGACCCGCUGGAUCGUUUCGAAAAGCGCUUGCACGGGAGCCUGCCGCGGAAUGGAAGCAUCAAUGAUACGAAGCUAAAGGAGGUUUUCUACUCAUUACUCAAGGACGCUUAUUCCGGACCAGGAAUGGUCCGUAUGUGGCAGAAGUGGUUGGAGGUCUUUGGGAAUCGUCUCCUUGUGGUUGAGAAGACGCUGCUGAGCAAAGCGACGACGUUUCAACGGCUCAGCGAUUUUCUGCGCAUCCGUGGCUACCCCAAACAGGCGAAAUUUCAUCGCUACAACUCGCAAGGAAAUCGCUCCAGUUCACUCUGUCAGCACGUGGAUUUGGUGCGUGAACUGAAGGAGCGCUUUGCUUUGGAGUAUAAGUUCCUGAAUUCUUUGGAUGCCAUUCGCACGGAGAGGAUUCAAAAGCGCCUCACCCACUGUGAGAGGCCCUCCGUGCUGGGAAGCAGCUGCGUCAAAGAACGCUGCCUUUCCUGAUGUCGCAUAGAUCGCAAAGAAGGUGCAGUGGCAGAGAGACAAAA